AUGGAAGAACUUACAGCUUUUGUUUCGAAGUCUUUUGAUCAAAAAGUGAAAGAAAGGAAGGAUGGGAUCACGUACAGAGAAGUUCUUGAGAGCGGGCCUGUGCGAGCUCGAGAGCCGGGUCUGAGUGAAGGAAGCCGGGAUGAAGUAAUCAGCGCACAGCGUGGGGUGUCUCGAUCCCCAAGUAGCGAACCAGAGAUCGGGCCAGAGAGACCGCGGGACAGCGGCACUCCGAAAUUAACUGAUCCGGGAAGUGGUGACAUUAAAGAGAAAAAAGAAGACACCAAACCAGUGGAAGAGGAGGCGCAGACAAAAAUUAAGCAACGGCGAAGUCGGACUAACUUCACACUGGAACAGCUAAAUGAGCUAGAGAGGUUGUUCGAUGAGACUCAUUAUCCGGAUGCAUUUAUGAGGGAAGAGCUGAGCCAGAGGCUGGGGCUCUCCGAAGCCAGGGUACAAGUAUGGUUUCAGAACAGAAGAGCAAAAUGUCGAAAACAAGAGAAUCAACUUCAUAAAGGUGUGCUUAUUGGAACCGCUAGUCAGUUUGAAGCUUGUCGAGUCGCACCAUACGUUAACGUGGGAGCUUUGAGGAUGCCAUUUCAACAGGAGAAUCAUUGCAACAUGACGCCGUUGUCCUUUCAAGUCCAAGCGCAAUUGCAGUUGGAUAGCGUGGCGCACGCGCAUCACCACCUCCAUCCGCACCUGGCGGCACAUGCUCCCUACAUGAUGUUCCCACCGCCGCCCUUCGGUUUGCCACUGGCCACCUUGGCAGAAUCUGCUACUGUGGUGGCAGCGGCAGCGGCGGCCAAAACCACGAGUAAAAACUCCAGCAUUGCAGACUUGAGACUCAAAGCAAAAAAACACGCCGCAGCACUAGGUCUGUGA